GCAUGGCAGGUGCAAGAAUGAGCUUCUCACAUGUUACAUCUCAUUUUGUGCCUCUAUUUUUGCUCCUUGUUCAUCUCCCAAGGGCACAUAGCAGCACAAAUCAAUCUACACAAGUUGAUGUAGGUAUUAUCAUGGGUCUUGGCUCAAUGGUGGGAAAGGCAAGCCAAACCAGCAUAAAAUUAGCCAUUGAAGACUUUUACAGUCACCAUGAAAACUCUACCACAAGACUCGCCCUCCACUGGAUAGACUCGGAAUUACAUGUCUUCAAUGCAGGGAUGCAAGCUCUGGACCUGGUGAAGAACAAGGGGGUGCAAGCUAUAAUUGGGCCACAAACAUCAACUGGAGCAAAGUUCUUAGCAAACCUAGGGACCAAAACAAAGGUACCCAUUCUUUCUUUCUCUGCAACCUCUUCUUUCAUCUCCUCAACCCGAACCCCUUAUUUCAUUAGAGCCACUCUCAACGACUCAACCCAAGCCAAACCCAUUGCCUCUCUCUUCCAAGCCUACAACUGGAGACAAGCCAUAGCCAUAUAUGAAGAUACGGAGUAUGGAACCGGCCUUAUACCAUUCUUGACUGACGCUUUCCAAGAAAUCGGUUCUCGAAUUGAAGAUAGAACCAUCCUUUCCAUCUCGGCUUCUGACGAAUUCAUCGUCAAAAAGCUCUACAAACUAAAGCAUAUGCAAACUCGUGUAUUUGUCGUCCACAUGAAUCCCCAAUUUGCCUCUCGAUUAUUUCGAAAGGCCCUGCAACUCGACAUGAUGAGCAAAGAGUAUGCUUGGAUUAUAACCGAUGAGCUUGCUAGCUUUUUAAACUGUAUGGAUCCUUUGGCCUUAGCCUCAAUGCAAGGGGUUUUAGGUGUGAAAUCGUAUAUCACAGAAUCAAAGGCCUUAGCCAAUUUAUCAGCAAGGUGGAAAGAAAUAUAUAAAAAAGAGUUUCCCAAUGAAAAAGCUGAAGAAAUUCCAACCAUUAGCACUGUUGCAUUAAGGGCCUAUGAUGCAGCUUGGGCGCUAGCACUAGCAAUAGAGAAUUCAGGCCAAUUUCGCCACCCGACUCACAAAAAAUUCACGCAAAAUUCACCGAAUUUCACAGUCCCUAGAAAAUCACUAUCAGGUCCAAAACUAUUGAGAUCAAUCUUGAAAACCAAAUUCUCCGGUUAUAGCGGCCAUAUCCAAUUCAUCAAAGGUGAGCUUCAAGCUUCAGCAUUUCAAAUUGUUAACAUCGUAGAGGAUGGGGUAAAGGAGAUUGGAUUUUGGACAGCAAGAAAUGGCCUAUCAAGGAGACUGAAACAUGAAAAACAAAACUACUCCGCUAGAUCAUCAGAUCUAGGGCGAGUGGUUUGGCCGGGGGGAUCGAUGGUGGAGCCGAGAGGAUGGGUAGUGUCACCUAAGGGUGUUAAGUUGCGCAUAGGGGUGCCGAGGAAGAAGUACGGGUCAGGGGUUGCUGGGUUCUCAAGAGAAGUUUUUUUGGCUGUGAUUAAUGCAUUGCCAUACUCUUUCGCGUACAAGUUGGUUGCCUUUGAGAAGGGUGAAGGAGCGAAUGCCCGUACGUAUGACGAUCUGAUUUACCAGGUUUAUCUCAAGAAUUUUGAUGCAGUGGUGGGGGACGUAACAAUCCGGGCCAACAGAUCAAACUACGUCGACUUUACGAUACCAUAUUUGAAUUCAGGCGUUGCAAUGGUGGUUCCGGUGAAGAAGGACGACAAGACUAAGGAUGCUUGGGUGUUCUUGAAGCCCUUAACUUGGCGGUUGUGGGUGAUGAGUGGUCUAUCUUUCGUGCUUACUGGUUUCGUAGUUUGGGCAUUGGAGCAUCGAUCAAACAAAGAUUUCAGAGGCACCAAGACACAUCAGUUGGGAGUUGUACUCUCGUUUUCCUUCUCCACAAUGUUCUUUGCUCACAAGGAAACAGUGGCCAGUAAUUUGGGACGAUUUGUUGUUACCAUAUGGCUUUUUGUGGUACUGAUUCUCAACUCAAGUUACACAGCAAGCUUAACCUCCAUGCUUACUGUUCAACAACUACAACCAACUGUGACAAACAUUGAUACCCUGAUAAAAAAUGGAGACUACAUUGGAUGCCAGCCGAGAUCCUUCAUAAGAGAGCUUUUAAAACGGUUACAUGUGAAUGAAUCAAAACUUAAGACUUACGACAAUUUCGACGAGUAUGCAGAGGCCUUGUCCAAAGGAAGCCAAAAUGGAGGGAUCUCUGCCUAUUUUGAGGAGGUCCCUUAUAUCAAGCUUUUCCUCUCCAAUUAUUGCGAUAGAUUCACCAUGGUCGGACCUACUUACCGGACCGCCGGUUUUGGCUUUGUGUUUCCCAAAGGCUCCCCUUUGGUCUCUGAUGUAUCCAAGGCAAUACUUGAAGUAGUGGAAGGGAAUAAAAUGCUGACACUGAAUAAAUUGUGGCUCCAUAAUGAAACCUCGUGUCGCAUCAUGCGAGAAGAAUGGGACUCAAAGAGUUCGAAUGGCCUAUCUAUUAAUAACUUCAAGGGCCUAUUUCUCAUCACAGGUUUAGCUUCUGCAAUGGCCCUUUUAACAGUCUUCGUUAGGUUUCUCAAUAAGCAUUUGAAGAGACAGAGAAAUAGCCUCUUCUGGGAAGGGUUUCUAGCGAAGGCUCAUUUCAAUUUGCAGCACUCCAAUGAGCCUACAUUCAAGAGAAGGGAGCAAAGAGAUGGAGAGGUAGAGAACAAAGUGGAGAGUGAUACCCUAACUGUUGUACAAGGUGAAGUUAGGAACCAUAUGGAAAACAAAAUUCCAAAUUAAUUGAAGGGAGAUCCCACACAGCAAAAUUUUGGAGUGAUCGAAUUUCACAUGUUGCUAAUGAUCAUAGAACUUUUUUAAGUUUUUAUUUAGGAGGAAUCAUUGUACAUUUAAAUCAGUGCCUAUGUAUACUAUUGGAAAUAACAUUAGGGAAAAUUGAAUGUUCAUGGAAAGCCAGCAUGACUUUUGGCAUGAGGA